AUGACAACGAUAGAACAAAAAAUCGAGAUUUUGUUUGAGGAGUUUUCUACCAAAUUUUCUGAUGAUGAUUAUGAUGAAGAUGAUGAUGAUGAUAAAGUUAUAAUAGAUUUUAAAAAGGAAUGCGAUGGAACUUCAAUAGUUGGGAAUUCAGAUAAUGCAGAAUACAGUGACUUUUGCAUGACACUAAUAAAAAAUUUACAUAGAGUAAUUUUAAAUGAUGAUGACUCCAAUAUUAUGAAGAGCAUAAACUAUGUGUCACCUAAUACAAAAUGUAACACUUUAAGGAUAUGGAUUUAUUAUAUCUUGAAAAUACAUUGUGUUCCAUCACAAAUUAUUAAUCAACUUUUUAAUGCUAUGAAAACUCUAGACAGUAAUUUGGCUGAUAAUAGUAAAUAUACUGAAUGUAAAUACAGUUUAUUUAAUGUUGAUAAUGAAGAAAAAGAUCGUAGUAUACAGGAUAUUUUAAAUUUGGUGGAUAAAAGUACUACUAUUCAGGAAAAAUUGACUAAUGGUUCAGGUUUAUACAAUUGGUGUCAUAACAACAAUAAUAAUGAUGCUAUGAAAGAUACAAAAUUGAUCAGAGGACAGGGUAGUGAUACUUCAUCUUUAGAUAAUGUAUACACUAAUCUUUUUGAUGGAAUAGAAGCUUUGAAACCACAUUUUAAAACAUUAAUAGAAAAAACACAACCCUUGUCUUCCACUCAAAAAGUUGAACCUCAAGAAAUUACUGAUAAAACAUCUACUCAGAGCAUUUCAACAAAUAUCCAAAGUACAGCGCCAAAUGAACUUAAACUAAACCCUUCUGAUAGAAAAGAAGAUAAUGUUGUUAUAAGUGAACCUUUAAACACAGUUACACAAAGCAAUAAGGCGAAAAUAGACCAG